AUGGCUUCCCCGGACAGGCAAGAACUCGUUCGCAAUGCGGUCGCGUUCAUCCUCGACCCAAAGACUCAGUCGUCGUCCUUAACCCAGAAGGUGCAAUUCCUCGAAGCAAAAGGCCUGACGGCGCCUGAGAUCGAGGAUGCCAUGAGACUAGCCGGCGCACAAACCGUGUCCGUCCCAGCUGGACCAUCGUAUCAACAGCCAUACGCGCCUGUGUACGGACCCUCUCCCUAUAUGCCGCCGUCUCAAUCACAACCGUGGGAUUGGCGUGACUACUUUAUCACUGCAGUCGUCUCAGGCUCUGUUGCCUAUGGUGCCAUGGCGCUCGCCAGAAAAUAUCUGCUCCCGCAUCUCCAGCCUCCAACUUCCACUGCCUACGAACAGGACCGCGACGCUCUCACAGCACAGUUUGAUGCUGCAGAAGCGUUGCUGAAGGAAAUUCAAGCCGAAACAGCCGCCGUGAAACUGGCGGUAGAAGACCAGAAAGGGAAGGUCGACAAAGCAGUGGCCGACGUUGAGGCUACAGUAAAACAACUUCGGGACGGGGAUGCGAAAACGAGAGACGAGAUGCGGGAGAUCAGGGAGGAGAUCAACAACGUUCGCGAAAUGCUUCCAAAGAUGAUUGAUAAGAACAAAGAGACGCAUACGCAAUCUCUGGCAGAAUUACAGCAAGAGCUCAAAUCCUUGAAGGCUCUAUUGCUUAGUCGAGGGCCUUCUGCUUCUAGUACUCCUAUUCCGCCUCCUAGCUUUCCUCAACGGCCCUCCAUCCCAGCCUGGCAGCUCGCCCCUCAAUCCCUCACUCCACCUCCGGCCCAACCUACACCACAACAAUACACAUUGCCGUCAUCCGCAUUGCCAGGUGUCGGUUCACCGAAACCUAUUCCAGAUCACGACAAGGGCAAGGAGAUGGAGACCCAUGAGGUCAAUGGCACUUCAUAA